UCUUCGUUACUGGAAUUGCGGUGUUGAAGUCGUGUCAUUCUUAGAUCGUCGUUGGAGCCUUUCGGAGUCACCAUUAUUGGAGCCGUUGUUACUGGAGUUGGAAUGGAGUCACGUUACUGGAGUGCUGUUAGUGGAAUGGAGUCGCGUUACUGGAGUACUGUUAGUGGAAUGGAAUCGCAUUACUAGAGUCGUUCUAGUCGUCGUUUAUGGAACCGUCGGUUCUGGUAUUUCGCUUGUUGAUCCUUGUUGGUCUGAUUCGUCAAUUUGUGGUGUUG